AUGGCUCUUACAGGAAGGAUCCCCCGUGAUUUAGGAAACCUCACAUUUCUUGUUUCUCUUGUCUUGAGAAGCAACAAUUUCCAUGGAAAUUUGCCUCAAGAAAUAUCACAAUUGCAUCGACUUAAGUUUGUUGAUUUAAGUUUGAACAACUUUAGAGGGGAGGUUCCUUCUUGGUUUGGGUUCUUACACAAACUUGAAGUUCUAGAUCUUAGAAAUAAUAGUUUCACUGGUUCCAUCCCUUGUUCGUUUUCUAACAUUUCCACACUCGAGAAUUUGGAUGUGGAUUUCAACUCCAUAGAGGGUGAAAUCCCAAAAGUUAUUGGAAGUCUAAUAAACUUGAGAAUUUUAAACUUGAGGGGAAACAAUCUCAUAGGUUCUAUUCCUCCAUCACUCUCAAAUGCCUCAAGGUUGGAGGUUUUAGAUUUAUCUAGCAAUUUACUUCGAGGGAACAUUCCAGAAGGUAUUGGUAAUCUUCAGAACCUGAACUGGUUGUCCAUACAAGAUAAUCAGCUUACUGGUUCUAUACCAUUCACAAUUUUCAAUAUUUCUAGAAUCGAAUUCAUUGCAUUUGCAGUCAAUAGCUUAUCAGGAAAUCUUCCGAAUGGUUUAUGCAAUCGUCUCCCAAUACUCAAAGGGCUUUAUCUAUCCACAAACAAACUUGAUAGUCAUAUCCCUACAAGCUUGCCAAAUUGCUCAGAGCUUCAAAUAUUGAGUUUAGCAGAAAACUAUUUCAGUGGGAUAAUUCCACGAGAAAUUGGAAAUCUUGUUAAUUUGGUGACCUUAACCGUGGAGACAAACCAGAUUACCGGUUCUAUCCCGAUCUCGAUAUUCAAUAUCUCAUCGUUGCAAUUUGUUUCACUAGGGACGAACAAUCUUAAGGGAUCCUUACCACGGGAGAUUGGCAACUUAACCAAGUUGCAAUUUUUAUAUUUUCACGAAAAUAGGUUUACUGGUGAAAUACCCAAAGAGAUAAGAAAUCUCGUUGAGUUGGAGGUACUUCAUCUUGCGUUUAAUAGUUUUAGUGGUUCGCUUCCAAUGUUGAUCUUCAACAUAUUAGCACUGACAAUAAUUGAUCUUUCAUUCAACAAUCUAUCAGGAACUCUACCACCAAACAUAGGUUCUACCUUACCCAACAUUGAAGAGCUUUAUAUGGCCCGCUUAACCAAUCUUGUCGGGACUAUUCCUCAUUCUAUCUCCAAUUGUUCAAAGCUUACUCAUCUAGAGCUUGCAGAAAACAAACUCAGUGGAUUAAUACCCAAUUCUCUUGGAUAUUUGACUCAUCUACACUUCCUAAACUUACAGAGAAACAAUUUAAGCAGUGAUCCAUUUUUAAGCUUCCUCACUUCCUUAACCAAUUGCAGAAAUUUAACAUCUCUUUCUCUAUCUUUCAACCCUCUAAAUGGCAUGCUUCCGGUCUCCAUAGGGAACUUCUCCAAAUCUCUUGUAAACUUUUAUGCCUCUGCUUGCAACAUUAACAGCCAGAUUCCAAAUGAAGUUGGAAACUUAACCAAUUUAAUAGACCUUGAUCUCACUAGAAACAACUUGAGUGGAUGGAUUCCAACAUCAACUCAGAACUUGAGAAACCUUCAACGCUUGUACUUGAACAUCAACAAACUUACAGGAUUUAUUGGAGAUCAUAUAUGUAAAAUUGCAGCAUUUGGGUGUUAUUUCCUUGGAUCAAAAUCAACUUUCAGGAGCACUUCCUAA